GACGUGCGCGUGGCCAUGGCGGGAGCGGCAGCGGCGCUGCUGGGGGCCGCGCGCGGCCUGUUCCCGCCCCGGCACCUUCCCGUCCGAGAGAACCACUGGCAGACGUCGCUGCUGGCGCUGCGGGCGGCCCUGCCCCUGAGGGCGGAGCCCAUGAAGAAGAAGAAGCGGGUGGACCCGAAGAAGGACCAGGCGGUCAGGGACCGGCUGAAGAAGAAGCUGAGGCGCAUGGAGCGGGCGGCCCAGGAGCUGGUCCCCAUCGAGGACUUCAUCACCCCCGUGAGAUACACGGACGGCGACAGGAAGCGGGCGGCGGUGACGCUGUCGGAGGAAGAGGAGGAGCGGCGGGCCCAUCUGAUGAAGCUGUGGGCGGCCUACAAGCAGAAGGAGCACGAGGCGGAGCGGGCCACCGUGCGGGCCCUGCUGGCCUCCCAGGAAGAGGCCCUGCGGGAGCUGCUCCUCGAGGCCCCCGCCCUGCACCGCGCCGCCCUGGCCCGGGACCCCCACCUCUUCCCCUUCGACAGGGAGGGGCCCCGCCACAGCCCCCCCAUCCCCGGCUACGAGGCCCCCGAAGGGAAAUACAAGGACGUGACCAGGGUGUACACGCAGGUGGAGACCAAGAGGUAGAGCCGGCGGCCCCGUCCCCUACUGUCCCGGCCCGCCGGGCCCCCCUCCCCUCCCCCCCCGGCUGCCGCUCUGGAAUAAAGGCAGGACGGACGUGGGA